AUGAACGUCCCCGAGUAUGACCCUAAAGGCUGGCAUGUCACCUUCAUCAUGUGGGGAGUUUUGCUCAUCUGCACGGUGCUGAAUACAUGGCUGGGCAUGAUCCUGCCGGUCAUCGAAGUGUUCAUUCUUAUCGUCCAUGUGCUUGGUUUCUUCGCCGUCUUGAUCCCGCUCGUCUAUCUCGGUCCGCGAGCUGAUCCACGCUCUGUCUUUACCCUGUCAUUCAAUUACGGUGGUUGGCAUGACAUUACUCUCGCAACGUUCGUUGGUCUCAAGGGAACAGUUGCAGCCUUUCUCGGUAAGGCUUCCUUGCCAAAGCUAUUGAAACCGAGCCUAACAACAGUCUUUCUCUAG